UAACACCAUGUGCGUGCUGUGAAACGUCACAAAAAUAAACAAAAAGUAUUUUUGUUGGCUAAAAAAUGGCAAAAUUACCGAAUUUCCGUGAAAAGAAACCCCCAAAAGUGUCCAGCAUGAAGCCCAAAACUUCCGGGAGUGUGCCCAAGAGUAAACUCGAAGUGAAAGUUCAUCUAGUUGAGCAGGAAAUUAAAUUUGCUCAAGCUCUUGCGGGGCAUGAUCCAAAAAAUCAGGCAAAAGUGUUGAAAAAUCUGAGAAAAUGGCUUUCCCUGCGCUCCAAGAGCUCCUAUCCAUUUACGGAUAAGGAUUUUUUGAGGUUAUGGAAGGGCUUAUUCUAUGCAAUGUGGAUGUCGGAUAAGCCGCUCGUUCAGGAGCAAUUGGCUGAAGAUCUCGGUGGUUUGUUGCACCUCUUCCCUACACCUGAGAUAAGUCUCCAAUUCUACGCGGUGUUCCUGCAGACAAUUAAUCGGGAAUGGUUUGGAAUUGAUCAGUGGCGCAUUGAUAAAUUCUUAAUGUUGGUACGGAGGGUUACGCGACAAUGCCUCGUUAUCCUGCGGGACAAUGGAUGGCGCUUGGAGCUGAUAAAGGUCUUCCGGAAAGCCUUUAAAGAGCACAUUUUUGACGAAACACGAAUGUCCGUUGGUUUAGCCAUGCAUUUUGUGGAUUUGUACCUUGAGGAAGUGGCCAAAGUAUCCCAGGGGAGCAUGAAGAAAGCCACCGUGACAAGCCUCAUCCGUCCAUUUGUCACCCUCGUGGGCACGCUCACGGAUACACGCGUAACGAGCUCUAUUGUCAAGAAUAUCUUCAAUAAUCUCCUGCAGCAGAGUGAUUUGGGGCGUCAGCAUAGGGAAAAGUAUGAAGCAUGGAAGAGUUUUGGCUUUCCAACAUCUUCCAUUGAUGAUCUGGAACUUGUUGAGGAGGAAGAGAGUGAAUUGAGUGAGGCAGAGCCCGAGGAAGGUGCUGAUGAGGAAGAUUCUGCAGAUCCCGAGAAGGUAGCCCUGGAUCCACGUGCUGGGCGUGUGAAUGUAAUCCUUCCGGAACUCAAAUUCAAUCCGAAAGCCAUCCUUGGGGCCCUCGAGAAGCUUCUCUAUGCUGCCGAUACGAAAUCCAAGGCCCGGAAGCGCAUAAAGAGGAUUAUGGAGAAUUAUGAGAAGUUCGCCGAGGGAACGUAUCCUCUGGGCGUUCACACGAUGCCACGGUUGCAGGAUGAGAAGGCAAAGGCACCGUCAAUAGAUGAGAAAAUCACGGAGAUGGUGAAUUUUGAGAAGGAACUCCUGAAUCCAACAAAACUCCUGAAAUCCCUGACAAAGGGUCAAAGGAGGAGGUUUAUGAAGAGUGGCCUCUCAAUUGAGGAGUUUGUGGCUCAGCUGGAGCCCAAACCCACACAAUCUGUGCUUCCGGAAGUGAAUGGUAUGAAUGGGGAUUCCGAUGAUGCAGUUCCGGAAGCAAAAAGGAGAAAAAAGCGCCCGGAAAAGGCGCUCAAGCGCAAAAUAACAUCCCCAAAGUUCACAGAAGAGCCUCAGGAUGAGUGGCAGGAGCCCCUGAAGGAUGGUGAGUAUGAAUACUUUGUGCCAUCCAUGAAGAAGCGCCUCGAGGAGCUCAACAAAGAGUCCCAGGAUACGGUAAUCAAUCCCUUUGCCCUGAAAAAGGCCAAAAAAUCUGCCAAAAAGGCCAAAUUAGUCGAUGCCACACCCAGCUCGAGCGCCAAGAAGAAGGUACGGAUUGCCCUGGAGAUGAAUACAUCGCAGGAUACUGCCGAAUAUCUCAGGCAGGUCAGGAACUCCCCGCAGAUUCCCUAUGAUUCGGACAGGAAGCCCGCAAAGAGCUUACUGAAGCCAAAUCUCAUCCCCGGGCCCAUAAAUCCGUACUACAAAAGGAAAAUAAAUUUUGAUUAAAUUGUGAAUUAUUUGUAAAAAAUAAAUUUUUUUAAGAGAAAA